CCAACAUCGGGUACCAUCAACUGAACAAUAAGAUCGGAUCGAUUCCUUUUCCUAGGUACUAUGUAUGUGGGGAAGAAUGGGAACUGAGUCAAUUGACAAGGUACGUACGAGCUUAUACGGGAUUUGUUUCAUUUGAGAUCAGUCAUACAGAAAUAUGUAUUACAUACAAUCGCUUGGUAGUUCAUCGUAAUGAUCCCUCAGUUGACAGCAGCCCUCGUGGUCUCAUCGGAACAAGCGGGGCGGACUCACCCAGCGAGCAGCUCAGAGUCACGUUUUCCCGCCUUUUCUCCUCCUCCGUCCCCUGUCUUUCUCCAACUGCCUAGAGAGGCUAGAGAGGCCAGAGAGGCUGGAGAGAUUAGGUACCAAGGAUGCAGCACGGAGGACUCUGCGCCUCCCCACUGGUACCGAUUCGGUCCUAUUGCAAGCCCCGGUAAGGCUGCUCUUGCAUGAAAGACAUGUCGGAUGCCGUGGAGACCAUCUAGGGUAUACAGAGGGAGUGAGGGAGGGUUGUACGGCUAGGUAGAAUUUUUUUCUCAUGUGUACGCUGCAGAGGAGACCUGCCAAUUCGAUGGGAAUGGACUCGAUAGAUUCGGGGCAAUUGGGGGAUUGUUACUAUUACAUGUGUAUUAUCUCGAAGAACUCGAGAAAAUCUCGAGUGGUGGGUAGGCUUGAG